ACUAAACUUUGGAGUUAUAAGUUAGAGUUAACAUCCAUGAAAUGGAUAGUUUACGAAUCUCUCAGUGAGUCGGAGCACACCAGACUCUGUCUGACACGCGGGGACAUUUAAAUCCAGAAACAUGCGUUCUCAUUAUUGGGUUCAAGGGGAAGAACGCAGACCAGAUUUCAGGAGGUUCACGGUCGUUGAGGUAUCAGCAAGCAGUGAAUCAGUGCAGAGUCCAGUACUCAAUCCUAGGAAAAGGCUUCAUUCGGCAGAAGAAGUGCAAUGCGGCAGCCGGCCAAACCCGGAGGGUGCUGGUUCAGUGUCCAUGACGGAGUUAAGUUAUUCCGAGAACAAGCACGGGAGGGAAAGCCUGUGUCAGCGAUGUCAAAUCAUUGCGAACCAACUGAACAGGCAGGCGCGCGAGUUGGCCAAGCCAGGAACUCUGAAGGACCCGAGCUUUGCAGCGUUCCUCCUUGACAAGCUCCAGACUCUGGAAUGGCCUCUUCGGGGCUGGGGAUCCCAGAGCAGCUGUGAAGUGUGCGGAACCCCCCAUCACCACCUGAGGCGCCAGGCACUGCGCUCUGCCCUGGGGCUGGCGUUCGAGGACAUGCCUGACCUGCAGCCCGGACCCCUUUCUGGCCUGCUGCCACCAUGUGUGGCAUCCCACAGUGUCAUCUCACCCCAUGCUUCCUGGGAAUGGCCCACACAUAAUAGUCAAAACCUCACCAGACAUCCUUGUGGUUCGAUAUCUAGGGAGAAACCGCAGGGAAUGGGCUGGAAUCAAGACGGAGCAGCGAGAGUGGGUGGCAAACGAACCUGUUUGGCCACUGUCACACCACUUCCUCUACAUGCGCAACACUACCUGGAGGGAGUGUGGCGUGUGACAAGCACAUCUGAACAUCUUCGGUCAUUGAGUCCUACCAUGGAGAAGGACAGUUUGGCAACUCUAGCCUCCAGGUCCACUCAGGCCAGUGCUGUACCCUUGGUUUCUCCAUCAGGACAUAAACCAACCCACCAUGACCAGCCAGCCAUCCCACCAGCACCUCAAACCAGCUCAGCUGCCUCAUUCUUCCUCAGGGCUGCCCAGAAGCUGAACCUCUCCAAACGAAAGAAGCCUCAGCCGCUUCCUCCCUCCCCACCUGAUCCAGAAGAGCCGUUCUUCUACACUGAUGGCUUCAGCGCUGCCCUGCAGCUCUCGCCCCCACCUGUACCCCCAUGUCUCCUCAGGGCAGGGUCAAAGGCUAAGGAUAGCCCCGGGAUGGGAAAGGUGAAAGUAAUGGUGCGGAUAUGCCCUGCCAAAGGAUCACGAGACACCUCAGAAUCCAUGUCCUUUCUUAAAGUAGACGCCCAUAAGAAACAGCUGACCUUUUGUGAGCCGCCCACCUGCACACGCUCUGCCUCUGCCACCGCCCCAAAGAUGUUUACCUUUGAUGCCAUCUUCACUCAAGAUGCUUCACAGGCGGAGGUGUGCUCAGGGACAGUGGCAGAGGUUAUCCAAUCUGUGGUCAACGGGGCAGAUGGCUGCAUCUUCUGUUUUGGUCAAGCCAACCUCGGCAAAAGCUACACCAUGAUCGGCAGGGACAGCUCUACACAGAGCUUAGGUGUGGCACCCUGUGCUAUAUCUUGGCUCUUUAAGCUCAUCGAGGAAAGGAAAGAGAAGGCCGGCACACGAUUCUCCAUCCGUGUGUCCGCUGUGGAAAUCUGUGGUAGGGAGGAGGUGCUGAGAGACCUGUUGGCUGACUUUUCCAAAGGGACUUCCCAGGACAGUCAGGGCGCAGGAAUUUCCCUGAGAGAGGACCCAGUCUGUGGAUCCCAGCUGCAGAACCAGAGCGAGUUACGGGCGUACUCUGCAGAGAGGGCGGCUUUUUUCUUGGAUGCAGCUCUGGCAGCACGCAGUACCAGCAGAUCUGACUGUAAGGAAGAGGACCGCUGGAAUUCUCACAUGCUCUUCACCCUACAUAUUUCCCAGUACCGUAUGGAGAAGAGCACCAAAGCAGGAAUGUCUGGAAAUCGUAGCCGUCUGCACCUUCUGGACUUAGGCAGUUGUGAGUCUGAUCUGAGCCAAACACGAGAUGGAGGGAGAGGCCAAUGUCUGUCAUUGGGCGCCCUUGGAAAUGUCAUCCUAGCUUUGGCCAAUGGAGCUAAGCAUGUGCCAUACAGGUAUGAGUUUUGUGGUUCAAUUAAUCAAUACAGACCAAUACUGGGAGAUGAUAGAUCUCUGUUAAUGGUAGUAAUAUGUCACAGAUCUACCACUGAGUCCUCCUGAUCUGCAUCUGCA